AUGGGUCGGGAUCUUCAAAAGCGCAAGAGGCGCUCGUCUCGCAACGCCAUCCGCCAACCGUCCUCAUCGAAAUCGAAGCGUCUUCUCAACCCGCUGGGAAAUGACAUCGUCGCGAAAAAUUGGAACAAAAAGGAGACCGCAUCACAGAACUAUCGCCGCCUAGGCCUAGUAUCACGUCUCAAGGCGCCGACGGGUGGUGUAGAGCCCAGCGCCAAAUCGCAGUCCACGAAACCCGUAGAUCCGUUCGCCAUUUCCCAGCCGACUGGCGCCGUCAUCAGUGAAGUGCGCGUGGAGCGUGAUGAGAAAGGGCGGAUCGUGCGCGUGCUGGACGGAUCGAAGUCGAAGGACAACCCGCUCAACGACCCCUUAAACGACUUAGAUUCUGACGAUGACAUGGAUGACGAGGAAGCGGCCGAGGAAUGGGAAGGUAUCGACGAGGCAGAGGACGGUACCGGGAUUUUCCCUGAACUCGAGACCCAAGCCAAUCAGCCCAUAGCCAAGAAAGCAAAAACUCAGAGCAAGAGAGAGGUCGAAUGGUUGCAAAGGCUCGUAGAGAAGUACGGCGAUGACACGAAAGCCAUGGCCAGGGAUCGCAAGUUAAAUCCAAUGCAACAGACGGAGGCGGAUAUUGCAAGGAGGAUAAAAAAGCUGAAGGGCCGGUCAACUUGAAAAGGGGUUAAGGGGGCUAUAGUCUUAAUGGGUUUUGAGACAAGACAACUGCAUUGCAAGGCGUUAUAGGAUCUCAGAUUUCGCUGGCUGAUAGGAGCCAGUAGUCGACAUGAUAGUGCUCUUCAAGGCGCUAAAACUAAAAUAUCAUUGGCAACUUAACUACCGUCGUCCAAAUACCCAAAAUGCCCACAUAUCCAUGUAUUACGAACCAGCCUAGACAACAAUCCGUAAUUAGUAGAGUAGUACAGUACCACGAGGUCAAGCAUGCCAUGUCAACCCCUAGAGAACCCGAGAACCCCAAAGAAUAUUGAAUCUUCAAUGGAUAUAUUUGCAGACCAGAACUAUCGAAACAAACAUAACCGCAACAAUCGUAGACACUAUCCUGAUAUCUGUGAAGUGUCGUAAUGAGCAUAUGUAUCCGGAACACCUUUCAACCGUCGUGAGUUUUAUACUAGCCCGCCGCUCUCGUUCCAACGACACGUAAAUCUACUUCGUAUAGGUA